CAGGAUCUUACUUGACUUCUUCAUACAUGUGGCAGGAAGUUGUAAUUAGACGAACUUGGGGUGUGUUGUUGUGGUUGUUUUGGGUAUCCAGGAAGAUAUAGUAGUAGUAGGUGUUCAAGAGAGAGAGAGAGAGAAUCAUCAUUAUUAUGAUUUGUUUAACAACCUUAAGGGAAAGAUGAUUCUCUCUCUCUCUCUCUCUCUCUCUCUCUCUCUCUCUCUCUCUCUCUCUCUCUCUCUUUUUUUUAAUAUCACAAAUGUACAAAAUGUUAAGUUUUUGAUAUCAGCAACAUCUGAGAAGUACUGAAGUCAUUUUACCUACAAACUCAGACAGAAAGAGAUCAGUCACUUAGUACUUGGAGUAGAGGGUGAUAGUAUGAGAGUAACGCCCUGGUACUUUUCUUGUCAAAUAAUUUAUGGGAUUUAUAAUGUUACAAUAAAGCUAAAGGAAGGUGAACAGUAAAAAUGAUUAGCCACUGAAGAGAGAGAGAGAGAGAGAGAGUAACAAAUAAAAAAAAGAUCCAAAGGCAAUAAUGAGCCAUCUGACCUACACAAGGCAUUUCGUAAGAUUGGUUUGGUCCAUAGAAGAAAGAGAUAAGGAUAACAAGAUUACGUAUUUGGCAUAUUGUCAUUGAAAAUGUUACUCAUUGUUUGGAGACAUUUGAGAAAGUUUUCCUGCAUGAGUGAAUGAGUGGAUAGAUUAAUGGAUAAAUUAUUGGAUGAAUUUAUGGAUAUAUAAUAUAUAAUAUAAUUGGAUUGAUGAAUAAAUGGAUGAGUAGAUGAAUGGAUGAAUGAGUAAAUGAAUGUAUGGGUGGAUGAGUGGAUACAUGAAUAGGUAGGUGGAUGAGUACAUGGAUAAAUGAAUAAGUGGAUAGAUGGAUGAGUGAGUAGUUAAUGGGCAAGUGGAUGAGUAAAUGAAGGGAUGGAGGAGUAUAGAGAUGGAGAAGUGGAUAGAUGGGUGGACAAAUUAAUGGAUAAAUUGAUGAGUAAUUGAAUGGAUGAGUGAGUGGAUUGAUGGAUGGAUGAACGAGUGGACAGAUUAAUAUAUAUUUUGAGUAGAUGAAUGGAUGGAUGGGUAUAUGGGUGAAUGGAUAAGUGGAUAAUUUGAUAGAUGAAUGGGUGAAUUGAUAGAUGAGUGGAUAGACAAAUGACUGGUUGAGUGGUUGAGUGCGUUUCCAAGCUUUGCUAAACGUUUCUUUAAAGUUUCUCAAGUGUUUCCCUAUUGUUUCUUAAAUGUUCGCUAUCAGUUUCUGGUUUUCUGGUGUGACGUGGCUGUGAUGUCUCGUUCUUUUUAUUUAUUCAUUCAUUCGUGUAUGUGUGGGUGUGUAAAGGUUAUCAUAUUUUCGUUCGCUAAUGGCUGAUUAUAACUUGAGUCGUGAAACGUAUCCAUAAGUAUUAAGGCAAAUAAAGAAGAGUGAAGAUAAAAGGAAAGAGAGAGAGAGAGAGAGAGAGAGAGAGUUAUCUACGUACGUACAUUGAUAAAUAUAAACAAAAGAAAGAGAAUAUACUCUAAAAGGUAGGAAGACAAAGAAAGAGUAAAAGAGAAAGCUGCAUGUUGAAAACAAGGCCAAGAACAAACAAUUGGAGAGGAAACGGCAUGUUAAGCAAUCAAGGAACAAGAUGGGAGAAUCAAGGUAUACAGGGUGAACACGUAGCCUAACAGAGAUGGGUCAAGGGGAGAGAUACAAAAUAUAUUGAAAGUACCGGAUUACAAGGCAAGCAAGUAAAGAAGGUCAUGCAACAUCUCUACUUAAACCACCAAGCUUGUGUGAGGAGAAAAUAGAUAGAAGCAGGCUGAGCGCGCGCGAGGAAGUGCAGUUAAUCUAAUCAAGUGCAAAGUAAUGGUGCAGUGCUCCGGGCGGCUUCAGUGCGCAGGACAGCCGCCGACAGUAGCACCCAGCCGCCAAUACACCGGCAGUCUGGCAGGUAAGCCGCGGCCAGCUACCUGACACCUGCCGCGCUGCCGCCGCCGCCUCCGCCCGGUAUGUUGUGACCGCUCCCCCGCCGCCCCUCUUCUCGUGCCCUCAGGUGUGAAAUCUGAAGCAAUGGGGGAUAUGGAGCCCAAGUCGCGUCCACGCCUAGGUCUGGAUGAGGUCCGGCUUGCGGCUGAAAGGGUCUCCGCGCACCUACACAAGACACCUGUCCUCACUAGCACUCACCUCAACGCUCUGGCCGGCAGGCAGCUCUUCUUUAAGGCCGAGCACCUGCAGAAGACGGGAUCGUUUAAGGCGAGGGGAGCCUGCAAUGCGGUGUUUAUGGAAAAGCAGAUGAACCCAGAGAGCAUGGGUGUGGUGACUGAUAGCAGUGGGAAUCACGCCCAGGCAGUGGCAUAUGCUGCAAGGUGUGUUGGCUUGCCAUGCACGGUGGUGGUGCCAAAGGGAGCGCCAAAGGUGAAAUGUGACGCCAUCCAGGAGUAUGGGGCCUCCCUGGUGUUUUGUGAUCCAUCACCAACAGCAAGAAAGGAGACAUGUGCACGUGUGGCUCAGGAGACUGGCAAGACAAUAAUUCACUCAUCAAGCAACUACCAUGUCAUUGCCGGCCAGGGAACUCUUGCUCUGGAGCUGUUGGAGGAGAUUCCUGACUUGGAUGCAAUAUUGGUGCCUGUGAGUGGUGGGGGCAUGCUGGCGGGUGUUUCUGUUGUUGCCCACCUCCUGCAGCCCAAGUGUCAGGUGUAUGCUGUAGAGCCGGUGGGCAAGGACUUACAGAGGUGCCUGGAGGCCAAGGAGAGGCUGUGGCCAAGUCCACCCGUCUUCCUAAACACUGUGGCAGACUCUAUAAGGCUGCAGGAGGUAGGGGAAUUGACAUUUCCCAUCAUUUGUGAGUACGCUAACCACAAAGUGUUCACAGUGACUGAUGAAAAGAUGGUGCAAGGCAUGAAGCUCAUUUUUGAACGCAUGAAGCAAGUGGUGGAGGCAGCAUCUGGGGCAGGGGUGUAUGCUGCUGUCCACUUAUUGAAAGACAUCCAACCCAAGGCAAAGAAGGUUGGUGUGAUACUUUGUGGUGGCAAUGUGGAUCUGGACGUCCUACCUUGGCUCACACGCACCACUUCCUACCAGUGACCAUCCACCAUUGCUCAGCUGUCACUCCAAGCUUAAGUUUUUGUUUUGUUUGUUUGUUUCAUUUCUUUAAUUCUUAGGUGUUGUAAUUUGUGGUAGUACAUGAUUUUGUGGGUUAGUUGUCCUCGUUAUUCAUGUCUCUCUCUCUCUCUCUCUCUCUCUCUCUCUCUCUCUCUCUCUCUCUCUCUCUCUCUCUCUCUCUCUCUCUCUCUCUCUCUCUCUCUCUCUCUCUCUCUCUCUCUCUCUCUUUGAACACCAUUGAACUCUUCAAUUCCUCAUUUUCUCUGGGAAUGUAGUGGUUUAUGGUUUGUUGGUUCCAUGUAAAUUGUAAUCCAGAUUUUCCAUGUACAUCUGAGUCUUUUCCUUAUGUAGAUCUUUCAAGAUGAGUACAUUUACUGAAUUGUUCUUUUGGUGUCAAAGUUUCCAUCAUUACUUCUUGUGGCUUUUAAGUCUAAGUAACAAUUGUUGUUUUUUGUAAUUGCAUUCAAAAUUUUUAUAAGAAUUUUUAUAUAAAUGUCACAUUUUACUCUUAAUAUUACACUAAAAAAAGUUGGAGUGAUGAAAUUCCCAUGGAUUUCAGAAAAUAUUUUAAAUUUAAAAUUAUAGAAAUUUUUAAAUCAACUCGUAGUUUCAUCAACAUUUCAAUUUAAACCUUGCUUGAUAUUAAUCUUGUUUCCCAAAGUCUGUACAAAUCCUGAGAGUGCAAGAGAAAAACUUAUGCCCUUGCAAGGUUAUGAAAUUGGGUAAUAAUCUCACUGGUGAAGCUCCAUUUAUUAUUAUUAUAUUUUAACAGUAGUGGGUAAAGGUAACAAAGAAUUAUAUUUUGUGGUUUUGAUAAUGUAAUGGGUGAUAUAAGAGAAGUGUUGCCUGCCAGAGGUUGUCUAGUUGAUAAUGAACGCUGUGAUGUAAAGAUUGACCUGCUGUACAUUCAUACUAUUGCUUCUGUGGCAGUGGCAACAAAGAAGUAGCUAUUUUUGCUCUUAUAUUGCAAUUCAAGUCACCUAUAUUUGAUGUUUUUGAUAUCCAAUAUUUCAGAAACUAUUUUUGACCUUUUUAUAUAAUCACACUUUCAUAUGAUGGAUACAAAUUUCCCUGACUUGAAUUGUCUAAGGGAGUGAAUAUGAGGACUGUGUAUGGGGUUGGGCUUCCUUAUUCCUUCCAAGCGCUUUGCUGCUAGACAGAAUACCCAGGGAAACUGAUUCCCUCAUUCUGAUCAAAGUUCUUAAAUAACUAAUUGUAGUGAAUAAAUAACGAAUGUGCUUCACUAUGAACUUUUUUAAAAACUGCAAACAUAUCAUUGAUAGCAUUAGCAGCUCUAUUUUGCCACCAGUCUUCAGUAUCUGUGAAAAGUUUGAUGUGAUGAAAGCAAUCUUGACUAGCUUACAUAUCAAAGUGAAAUGGGAAUAAAACGACAAAUUUAUAUUUUACAUUAGCAUCGACAUUUAGUACAACUUUUUUCCGGUCUGAUAAUGGCCAGAAUGCAUUUAGACACAGAUGAAGAACGUUUGUGGUUUUGGAGUAUGUCUUCCAGUUCCAUUGGAGAAACUUUCCUCUUUUUAACCUUUUUACUAGAUAAUUUCUAAGCUCCAAAGAAUGCUGUAAAAUUCAAUAUUACCCAGUGAUGUGAUAAUGUGGAAAGUAGUGUCUUCAUUCAUUUUUGGGAGUAUGACUAUCAAACUUUUCUGUGGAUGCUGUAUCUUGACUGUGGCGUAGACUUCAGGCAUAUAAAACAAGAGCUUAGCAUCAGGUAUUAAGCUUUAAUCUCAUGUGGCAUUUUGCAAUGUAUAUGCAACUUUGUAGCAUAUACAUUGCAAAAUGCCACAUAAGUUGCUUAUGUGAGAGCUUGGAAGCAGUGGGCUAGUACAGUAAGGUGCAUUUCUCAUUUAGUAAAUGCAUAAGCAUAUGCAAUUGUAAUGCUAUUCAGGCUCAACAGUACAAGUGGGUUUGCUUUCAAGAGAUGCAUUCAACGACCCGUUAAUAUUUGAGAAUGAACAGGAUGCUCCGUAAAUCUCACGGCUACUGUUAAGUUGAUGAAAUGGUGUGUAGUGUUAAACUGCAUUGUGAGGGAGUACCAAGUGGUGAUUGUUGUGGUGCUUUUGACAUGAUGUGAUGAGAGGGCUUAUGAUCCUCAGAUUAGCAUGCUGUGUUUGUAUUUUGCUGUGAUGCAUUGGGGUUGUGAUACCACAGAACGAUGCAGUUUGCUCUUUGUAAUGUCUCUGUACUGCCUAUUGUAAUAAAAUUUCAGUGAUGCA